UCGUUCUUAUUCAUCUUCUACUUCAUUACUCGGGUCGAUAGGCACAAAGUGGAUUAACCAAAUUCCAAUUUUCGAAGUCUUGUUAGGUACCCUCAACAAUGACAACUCUGGGUCUUGGCCUUCCACCCUUCAACACUCUCAGCGUCUCGCGUUGUAGUUCCAGUUUUCGAGAUGAACAUCGCAUGAUGCAAUUGGGUUCAGGUUAUUGCCUCAGCUCUCCAGAUCCCUCUCAUCUGAAACUCAGACGCUCUUAUAGAACACGACAAAGGUAUUCAAGAAUCAUACGAAUGCAAGCAGUUGAAGAGGAAUACGAGUUGAAGCAAAUGAAAGAUAUGGCUGCAGCUAGAAAGAGAUGGGAAGCUAUGGUCAGGCAGGAAAAAGUCAAAGUUCUCACACCAAGGGAAGCUGGGUAUGCAAUUCAACUCUCCGACAAAACGCUACUCGACGUUCGUCCCUCUACUGAACAUAAAAAGGCAUGGGUUAAAGGCUCAACCUGGAUCCCGAUCUUUGAUGUUGAUGAUAGAUUUGAUGCUGGAAUUCUCUCCAGAAAGGUCACAAAUUUCAUGAUGGGAGGUUGGUGGAGUGGUAUUCCUAUGUUAUCUUAUGAUAACAAAUUUCUAUUAAAGGUUGAGGAGAAAUUCCCAAAAGAUACAGACCUUAUUGUUGCAUGCCAGAAGGGAUUGAGAUCUCUUGCUGCUUGUGAGUUACUGUACAAUGCUGGUUACAGAAACCUUUUCUGGGUUCAACGGGGUCUUGAGGCUGCUGAAGAAGAGGAUCUCGAAAGGGAAGGUCCUCAGCCUUUUAAGUUUGCUGGGAUUGGUGGAGUUUCAGAGUUCCUUGGUUGGACUGACCAGCAAAGAGCUGCAGGUGCCACGGAGGGUUGGGAAUACCGAUUAGUUUUCUCUGCUCGUCUGGUUGGAGUCUUUCUUGUAGCUGAUGCUGUGUUCAUUGGGGCUCAGCAAUUGGGCAGUUAUAUUAAGGAUUUAAGGCCUCACUGAAGAUCAAUGGCUAAACUCUGAAGGUAUUUGUGACCAAUUACAUUGAGAGACGACAGAUCAGUUAUGGAUCUCCUUACUGAAACCAGAGACCAAAAAGUUGAUGAGCAUAAAGGACCCUUCCUCAAAAGCUGCGCCAUAUAAAUCAUUUAGGACAAAACCCUGCACCCACACCCUUUUCAUUUGUCUCUUUCUGUAAUCUCUCAGUCGAUAAGAGUCAUAGUUUUUGCAUGAUUCUUCCUUGUGUGGUUCUGGAAGUCAUGCUCUAAUUGUGUCAUGGAAUUGAUAAGCCAAUAGUGGUUUGUAAAAGGAGAGAUUAAUAAUUAGUUUCAGAAUUCUAGAUUUUGAAUGCCAAUAUCUAAUGGUAUGUUCUUAUUUUUCA